UCCUACGUUAAAUAGUUAUCGAGAAAUUUGAUGAUAAAGCCAAAAACAUCAAAAAUUUUGCAGUUUUCCAAUCGAUUUCUCGGAACAUUUUACACAUGUAUGCAAAUUUGAAGUCCAAAUUGCCUCAAUUAGAAAAUCAAAAAGGUAAAAAUUCGUGAAUCAUUAUUAUGACAGUUGACAGUUUCGGCAAAAUGGCCCAAGGCCUAAAAAAUUUCCGUGUCUCUUGACCAUGGCUCUCCACAAUUCGGGGCUUUCCCUCAUGUCGGGGAAGCCCAACUUGAGUAUCAAAGCAUCGGUGAUCGAAGAGCAGAUCCAGAGCGUGUUUGCCCGGGACUCAAUCUCAGGUCACGGCAGAGGGCGAAAACCGACGUUCAACAUCCGAAAAUUCCUGCGAAAAUCCCAGAGACAACUCAAAACCGUCCAAAUCGAGUCCCUCAAAAACCAGCUGAUUGAGUGUUGUCUCACGCACAUCCAGGACUCGUAUCGCGUCCACUUGAACCGCCUCAAAGGCCUCAAAAUCCUCGAAACCUUCAUCCACUUUGUCCACAUUACGAAGAUCGGUUCCGAGUUGGCCACGCACAUGGUGUGGGCUUGUCUCAGCUGCAUCCACCAUUUUCUGCUGAGACUCAAGUCGGAAGGGGGCCUCAUGCAGUGGCUUCGAAGGAAACAGGCACGCAAGUCGAUUCGAGUCUUUGAUAGUUUAAUGACCUUCCUCAUACCCACGUACUACGUCGUGGUUUUUUCAGCGGUUAUAACCUUCUUUGAGGAGGCCAACAUCUGGGAUAUUGAGUACUUUUGCUCCAAUUUACUGGAAAGGCUGUUUUUAGUCGUCGACGAGAAGCGCAAAACUGAUUCCAUGCUCGAGAUUAUUUCCCUGAUUGAAAACUCCACCCUCACCAACUCGCUCACUUCGCGCCAAAUCCUGCAAGUGUUAUUCGACAUUGAGCAAAGCCUAAAAUGGGAUUUGAUGAACGACCGCCUCCUCGAGAAGUUCCUCGACAUGUACUACCGCAGUUUAACACCCGAGGACCACCACGAGUACAACUACGAGUCGCUCGAGAAGGGCCUCGAGACGUGUCUAAGGGCCAUGUGUGCCCACUUCGGGGAAAAACACUUGAUGCUCAUGAUCAGAUGGAUGCUGGAUGUGACAAGUUCGGAGAAAAUCUCCGACGAGAAUCUACUAAAUUUCGGCAGCUUGCUCGAACACGUCACCACAUUGUACACCUCCAAGAGCUUGAAUCGAAACUUGCCCGAACAAGUCUUCCCUUUCAUUUUCAAACUGAUUGCGUCGAAAAACCUCCUCUAUAGUCUUCUCGGAAACCGCGUUUUGCACAACUUGAUCGAUCGCUGCCACAACAAGCUGAAAUUCGACACGCCGAGGAUUUUUUUCAGGAAUUCGCACUACAAUAUCACGCUGAAUAACUACAACUCGACUGAUAAGCUGCUUUUUCAGCGGUAUCGCGAGCUGUUACACAAGACUUUCGUCGAGUCGGUUAUCAGACACGGCGUGCACAAGAUCCACUUGGAGAAUAUUUACGUUUCGAUCGUGUUGUUCUUGGUGGAGAUUCCAUGUGGGUACACGGCCGCAGCAGCUGUUUGUUUGGCAAUGUCCAUACAAGAAGCAGCUCUCGAGAGCAAAACCAUACAAAUGACUCAUGCUCAUCGUCUCCACGCCACAGUAGUCUCAAUAAUGUCCCUUGUUUGCUACAUCCACAAAGCAUCAGUGUUUUAUGAUUACGUCGAUUCGAUUAUUGACAAGAGGGCUAAUUUUGCACCACAUUUGAACCCACCCUUGAAAAUUAAAUACAAAUAUGCGCAACACCACGUAUUGUGGAAUAAGCCCGACUUGUUCUUUGAGGACUGGGAAACGAGGUAUGGACUCUGGAGAUGCUUCAAGAACAGACACAAGGACAUAGUGGUGGUGCAUACCUAAGGAAUGGAAGCCUGGAAGACUUUAGUUCCUUCAAAUGAAGAACAAACAGUUUAUUCAACAUGGUAAAUCCGUAAGAAAGUACAAAAAUAUGGAAAAAUACUAAAGUAAUCAACAAGAUUAAAUACCAACUAGAUAAUCUUGAAUAAAAUAACAAGAAUUCAAAUAACAAAUUAA